AUGGUUGUGCUGGUACUGAUCCUCGCGGCCACCUACUUUCCCGGGAGCCGCGCCUACCCUGACUACUGGGCAAGCGAUUCCGGAAGGGGCGAACAGCAGUGUGAUGCGCACCCCACAGAGGCGCUACGGGGCUCCCCGCACGGGUCACCCCUUCCGGACAGCUCCGUCACCAUCCGUGCGCUCCAAGCUGACGGCACCGACGCUAUGCAGCUGUGCCCUGGAAUGUCGUACAAAGUGUUGGUCACAUUCCCGGAGCGCCGGCGUUCGAUUAUCACGGCCAGUUCCGGAUCAUUCGACGACACGACGUACCUGUGGGGCAGCCGAUGUCCCAACCUGAUCGUGGUCGGCCCCACGCUGCCCGUAACGUCCUUUGCCAAGCUUCCGACCGAAGUCCAUGCACGACUCAACAUUCCGUGCAACGGUAGUGCGGGUGCCGCUGCCAACCGCGCCGCUGUGGAGCAAUUGGUAGUGGCGGUCACCAGCACCUCCGCACGGGGCAGCCUGAGAUGGAGAAGCACUUCUAAAAGUUUCCCCAUGUCGCCCAGCUGUGGCAACGCCCAAUGUGGGUAG